AAGGUUUUGCGGAGGUUAGUAUGGGAAAAGAGUCUUCGGCAGCGGUCACCUUCCACUUUCCACCCAAUUGGAAAAGGAGAUUCCCGCUAAACCUUCCCUCCUCGAUCAUCCGACGGAGACCGAACGUUCUGACGAUCGAAAAAGCGGUUCCUCUCGCCCUCAUCUCCAACAAAUCCACUGUCCGCUCCUGUUCUUUCUUAUCAUCACGCGCGGAGAAGAAAGGAAGAAAAAGGAGGAGGAAGGAAAGUAGGAGAACGAGCAAUGGAGGCCGUGAAGGCUCUAUUGAAGCCGAAGGCAAACCCUCAGCAACAACUCAGGGAUUGGCAGAGGCGCCUCCGUCAAGAAUGCAGAAACAUGGAACGCCAAAUACGAGAUAUACAGAGGGAGGAAAAGAGCGUCCAGAAGGCCAUCAAAGAGGCGGUGAAAAGGAACGAUAUGGUCUCUGCGAAGGCGCUUGCUAAGGAGAUUGUUAGAUCGAGGCAGGCUGUUAGUCGACUGCACGAGAACAAGGCACAGUUGAAUUCGAUAUCGAUGCAUCUUGGCGAGAUUGUAGCUACUGCUCGUACUGUUGGACACCUGUCAAAGAGUGCAGAAGUGAUGAAACUUGUCAAUGGGCUCAUGAAAGCACCAGAGGUGGCUGCUACUAUGCAGGAAUUCACCAAAGAAAUGACGAAGGCUGGGGUAAUGGAAGAAAUGGUCAAUGAUGCUGUUGACACUGCAUUAGAUUCAGAAGACAUAGAAGAGGAGAUUGAAGAAGAGGUUGAUAAAGUGCUAACUCAACUCGCUGGCGAGACUGCUGCACAGUUACCAGAUGCUGUGAGAAGAGAAAAAGUAAAGGAACCUGCCCGGAAACAAAGAGUGCAAGGACAGCCUGAAGCUGUAGCUGAGGGUGUUGACGAUGAUGAAGACAUGGAAGCAAUAAGGGCUCGCCUUGCUAAUGUGAGGUCAUAGUUACUAGCAUCUCGAUAAUCCACCUAUUUAAGUUCUCUUUCAUGUUUUAUAGUGUGAUAAUGUGCUAACAUAAUGUGAAAUUGACACGGCAUGUAACUUGGAACACUGAGGUUUGCCCUGGUUUGUCAUCUACGAUAUGUAAUAUUCACUACGGCCUGCCCAUGUGCUUUCAUUCUCUCUUA